AUGGCAACGUUUGAACGGUCUCACUUGGAGGAUCUGUGUCCGGAGAGCAUCGGUUGUGUACCACCUCUUCUACCUCAUCCCCACAUGAGCAGCCCCCCGUACUACCCCGCCUGUGUGGGCGUGCCACCGUUGUUCCUACAGUACUACUCGCCCGUGCUCUAUACUGGCGACAUCUUGCGAGCUGCCGCUACAACGAACCGUGACUUGGGUAGUCAUCAGAUGUUUCACAAUGGCCCACAGUUUGCUGCUAACGGAGUGUACUCGCAUGGUGGCACUGGGCGACUGCAUCAGCUGCGGGGAAAAACAUCCUUUCCGUGGACAAACUUUGGGCCCUGCCCACAGGAUCUGCUGGAUUCCCGCUGGUUGAGGAACUACUUCACUUCUGUCCUCCAGGCUUCCGGUCAAGUGAUACCUGCAGCCCCAGUGCUACAAGGGCACUUCAUGAAAGGUUUUCCCACACACUCCCCUAAGGUCGUCUCGGGAGCAAAGGUACUGGGCACUACCGCCAGCAUCAAGGAAGAUGAGACAGAUUCCGGUGUGAUAGAUGCUAAAUCCUGUCUCUUUAAUGGCAACAUCGGUCAAACGGAAAGGCAAGACAUCACAGACCUUAUCUCCUCAUGUUCCUCGCCAUCUUCUCUCACAGACGACGGCGACGCUGACGCUCAACAUCAGCUGAACGAAGAGCUGGUGGUGGAUGACCCCCUGUAG